CUUCGCCAAAGCACGCUGUGAGGUACUCCCGGCCGAGAGAAACCCCCGCCCAAACCUUCCAAAGAAAAUGGCGGCCUCACGCAAAUCGCUCACCGCCGCCGCCGCAGCUGAUGGCGGCGUCGAGGAGAACGCGAUGGCCAUCCUCGACACCUUCGGCAUCAAGGAUUCCCGCGACCUCCACGACGACCGUACCGCCUUCUUCGAGGCAGUGCGCUCCGCCUGCCUGGCCGGCGACAGCCCCUCGCCCCCCUCUUGGAGAAUGCACAAUGCUGUCUUCCAGAUUCUUCAAAGCAGCAGCUCUUUGGAGGUUACCAUCGCAAGUUUUCAUCUCUUACUAGAGCUGGACAAGCACUAUCCAAGAACUUAUUUGACAAAUCCUGGUCCUCACCAAGCUUUAGUUAUUGUUGAAGAGUCAUGGUCACCGUUUCUCCCUGACAUUAAUGUUGCUCGCGGCGAGAUUGGGGGAAACACCAGUCGCAAAGAUCACCUCUUUGAUCCUUUGAGAUUUGGGUUACUAAUCGAGGACAUGGUUGAAGCAGCUAAUGAUACAAGCACGAAUAAUCGGCUUAAGCGUAUAGAGAACAUGGUGCUGUUCCAGUACCUCGUUAGCACACUGGAGGCUGAUUUUGUACCUCGUAAUAUUGCAUAUAAAGAGUCAUUAGACUGGGUGAUUAUCAGGGAAUCUCUUUUAAGUGUGCUUCUGAGAUCACGAAACCUGGUAUUCAAAUCGUUUGUCAAGAACUGCAUAUCCCUUCUGAACCAACAACAAAGAGAAGUUGAAGCUAAGAUAUCUUUUGAAGCAGCAUCCGAUUCAGAUUCUUCCUUAACCUUUUCAUUGCUUGAAUUCGAAAGAGAAGCACUUUUGUCUGUCAAAAAACUUUUCAUUAUGGUUAUAAACCUUGACUUGAUUAGAAAAGAAGCAGACAAAUUAAACCUGACUUCAAGAGUUGAUGGUUCCAGGAAUCCUAUCUUGGAAGUUAUUUUAGAUGAGCUACCUUACAACACAAUCAACUUAUCCCCAUUUCUUUUGGCUUUCACGGAAUGGAAGUGGAAACUGGAGAUUAUUUUGCAGUACUUUUUAAGAUAUUAUGGCAAGGGUGGGGUACAUGCAAAGAUUCUUUUGAUGUGUGAAUCUCAAAGCAAAGAUGGAGCAACCAAAGGCAGAUACGUGCAUGGGACAUCUCGUGCAGGGUACUUAUGCCGCUCUCUUAUAUUGGUACCAAGUGUCGCUCUCCAGCCGAUACAGUUUUACCUAUCUCUUAGAUAGUCUCUCCAAUAUAGAACGUUCCACCCAAAUCAUCUCUUGAUCAGCAUUAUCUGGAUUAGAGACUGGUUUAUUCUAUUCAUUACAUAGGACUCGAAGAUUUUACCUGUAAUUUCAAAUUGAGUUCUCAGGUAAAUAAAAUAUCAUUUUAAAAAAUUCUACAGGAGUUACCUUGAUUCUGGUCACAACCAAAAUUAAUUGCAACGCUGAACCAGCAUUUUUUUUUCUCACAGCUAGGUAAUGAGGCUAAGAUUUGCAGAGUUGUCCGCAACACUUGUAAGAUCUGUAUUUAGAGAAAUACUGUCGCAAACACACUUGACUUCAAACUAACUUACUUUCUGGUAAAUAGCAUGCCCGCGGAAUAUUCCAUUACAACGUUUUCAAUGACCUCCAUUGCCUAGUUCCCUAGGUUGCUCUUUGCGAUGUUAUUUGAAAGUCUACCAUGAUUGAAUUAUCAGUCCUCUAAAUAGGAAACUCAGGAGUUAGUUGACCUAUAAUAAUGAUAGUUAGACACGUUGGUAGAAGUUACAAGUGCAAACCAGUUUAGAUGUCAAUUAAAAAGGAUGUUAUUUGGGUAAGGUUAACAUUUUUGAGACCGAUAUCAAGUAUGAACUGAUAGGGGCUCUUCUUAUGUGUGCAUGGAGUUAGAAUGACAUCUGUACUAGAAAUAAUUGUUAAACUUUAAUAUUGGAAUGCCAAUUUGUUGAUUCUCCUCAUUACAUUGUACACAUGAAAGGUUUUACAUAUGUUACUUUUGUGACCAAAGCAAAAUCAUGAAUGGUAUUACUGCCUUUUUUUU